GACUGGGUGGUAAAUAGCCAAACUGGAAUCAGGAUAGAACUAAAACUAGCCUAUAAGCAGCAGGAGGUGAGACUUGUGCACAUACAGAUGUACAGUAGGGAGAAAAAUAACGCGUCUAGAACUUAGGGAGUUCCAACAUGGCAGGUAUGCAGGUGUUGAGAGACUUGGAGGCCUUCACAGAUGACACCGAGCUGGUGGCUAGUGUGAGAGGGAGACGGUUGCAGAAGGAAUGGUUGGCUUUGCAGAAUGAUCCACCUCCAGGAAUGACUCUAAAAGAAAGAAGAGUUCAGAAUACAACCACAGAGUGGGUUAUAGAACUGAAGGGCUCUCCUCGAACCCAGUACGAGGGCCAGAAGUUCCAGCUACUCUUUACGUUUAGCAGCCAAUUCCCGUUUGAACCUCCUCAGGUCAUGUUUACCGGCGAGAACAUUCCGGCCGUUCCGUUCGUCGACAGCAACGGACACAUUCGUCUGUCCAGUUUAACUGUAAUGGAGUGGACUCCAGUUCUGACUGUCCGAGUCGUCCACCCGACAAUUCCCCAAAGAAGAGAAAGUGGUGGUGUUGGUGGUAGCACGAUGACACGUGUUAGUAGUACGGGGACUUUUAGCAGUUAUAACCAGGCUCACACACAGUACACUGGCAGUUUUCAGUCCUACAGGAAUGAGUGGACCUCUUUAGAGAAACGGCGUUUUGGGACCGUUACACUUCAGCAAGCUAAAAAAACCUGAUCUGACUAAAGGAAUGUAAAACUCCACGUGUGCUCAUUGAGAAACACGGAUGAUGCGUGUGCUUAGAGGGUUUAUAGAUGGUGGGAUUAGAGCUGGAUCACUUUUUACCUCUUUUCCUCUGACCCAGUGGAGCCGGUGCUGGUUCUGGGAUCCGGUUAGGGAUUAGUUUACCAAGCGCCGUUCAUCUGCAGUGCAUCAUGAUUACUUAUUUAUUCUGAACCUGCGCAUUAGGAUUAGCAAUAUGGCUUCCUUACAGUUUGUUCCUUGGACAAUAAUUCUGCAACUUUCUUUUAGCCGUUUGUUACAAUAACAAAGCAGCAAACAGCUCGACUUCCUCACAUCAUCACCCACAAGCUCUCACUACUUUGGUCCUCGUGUUUAGUUGAGUGUCUCAUUGUCAUUCUCAUUAU